GAAAGAGUUGCUAUCAAUGUUAGCGGUCUACGCUUCGAAACGUAUGAAUCGACAUUAAUAAAACAUCCUAAUACAUUAUUAGGUAAUCGUGCACGUCGUGAUCGUUACUAUGAUUAUGAACGAAAGGAGUAUUUCUUUGAUCGUCAUCGUCAAUCAUUUGAAGCUAUACUCUAUUACUAUCAAAGUGAAGGACGUUUAAAUCGACCAUCGACUGUUCCGUGGGAUAUCUUUUAUGAAGAAUUAUGCUUCUUUCAAAUCGAGCCUGAAGUUUUAAGUCAUUUACGCAAAGUCGAAGGAAUGGAAGAAGACCCUGCACCCUUACUACCCCAAAAUAAAAUCAAACGACGCAUUUGGCUGCUAUUUGAAUAUCCUGAUACAUCAAUGAUGGCAAAAUGUGUUGCUUUCUUUUCAAUGGCUAUUAUACUGCUGUCGGUUGCAGUAUUUUGUCUAGAAACUGUUGAUGGAUUUAAUGUGAAUUUCAGAAAUAAAAGUAAUGUUACGGUUGAGCAAAAUAGAACAGCAACUAGGAAUGCUGACGCAUUGUACAAUGUCGAAACAAUGUGUGUAGUUUGGUUUACUUUUGAAUUAAUUAUACGCUUUCUAGCUUGUCCUAGCAAAUGGAAAUUUGUCAUUUCUCCUAUGAAUAUUAUCGAUUUUUUAGCAAUUAUGCCCUACUAUAUUACCUUAAUUAUGAGAACUAAUGGUAAUCCUAAUGUUACGACCGUGGAAGCACUCAGAGUAUUGCGCUUAGCUCGUGUACUCAGAAUUUUUAAAUUAUCACGUCAUUCCAGUGGCCUUCAAACAUUAGGCAAAACAUUUAAAUCGAGCAUGAAUGAAUUAUUUAUGCUUGGUUGUAUUCUUGUUAUUUGUGUUAUACUCUUUUCCAGUUUUGUCUACUUCUUUGAAUAUGAACGUAACGGUAAAGAAUUCCAGAGCAUACCUCAUGCUUUCUGGUGGGCUGUUAUCACGAUGACAACAGUAGGCUAUGGUGACAUUUCUCCCAGAACAGGAUUAGGCCAAAUCAUAGGUUCAUUAUGUGCAGUCACUGGUGUAUUAUGCAUCGCUUUGCCGGUUCCAAUUAUUGUCUCCAAUUUUACCUAUUACUAU